GGUUGCUACAGCGGGAGCUGGGCGGCGGCGGGCGCUGUCGGAGGAGCCGCGGCGAGCUGUGCGUGGCGGCGCGAUGGAGGGGCUGGGAGAAAAUGGAAGUGUCCAGGUUGGAGAAUUGUUACCUUGCAAGAUUUGUGGAAGAACAUUCUUUCCAGCGGCAUUAAAAAAACAUGGACCCAUUUGCCAGAAAACUGCCACUAAAAAACGGAAGACUUUUGAUUCAAGCAGACAGAGAGCAGAAGGAACUGAUAUUCCAACAGUAAAACCUCUUAAACCUAGGCCUGAACCACCAAAGAAGCCAUCUAACUGGAGAAGAAAACAUGAAGAAUUCAUUGCCACCAUAAGAGCUGCUAAAGGCCUUGAUCAGGCCCUUAAAGAGGGCGGCAAACUUCCUCCUCCUCCUCCACCUUCUUAUGAUCCUGAUUAUAUUCAGUGCCCAUAUUGCCAGAGGAGAUUUAAUGAAAAUGCAGCUGAUAGACAUAUAAAUUUCUGUAAAGAACAGGCAGCACGUAUUAGUAAUAAAGGCAAAUUUUCUACGGAUACCAAAGGAAAAGCGACUUCUCGGACACAGUGUAAGGCACCUGCACUUAAAAAGUCAAAUUCUCCUGGAACUGCAUCCUCGGGAUCUUCACGAUUACCACAACCAAGCGGCUCUAGCAAAACUGUUGUAGGUGUGUCUUCAGGUAAAGUGUCUUCAGUUAGCAGCUCUGUCGGAAGCAAACUUCAGACCUUAUCUCCCUCCCAUAAAGGGAUAGCAGCCCCUCAAGUAGGAGCUAACAUCAAACCUCGAAAUACCACACCACCCAGUUUGGCACGAAAUCCUGCCUCAGGUGUGCUUAUGAGCAAAAGAAAAACAUAUACUGAUAGCUACAUAGCCAGGCCGGAUGGAGACUAUAUAUCUUCACUUAAUGGCGGAAACAUUAAAGGCAUUGAAGGAAACUCAUCUGGACACUUACCAAAAUUCUGCCACGAGUGUGGGACUAAAUACCCUGUAGAAUGGGCAAAGUUCUGCUGUGAAUGUGGCGUUCGAAGAAUGGUUCUGUGAACAAAAUCCCCCCAAAAAAAGAGCUGAGUCCAGAGUUUUAUGACUAUUGCUGCUUGGCCAGCUAGAGCGCUUCCUCUAGUUCUUUUCUGCUAAAAUUGUUCAAAAUACGUUUUUCAGCAAUUUUUGGAGCAUAAUCUUUUGGGUCUGUAAUGUGUGUGUAUAUAUAUAUGUGUACAUAUACUGUAUAUAAUAAAUACCUGAUACCCCAAACUGUGCCAUUCAAGGAAAUAUUCACUUAAUCUGUCAGAAAAUAAUUUCAAGUGGAAUCACUAACUUAGGUAUUUGUUGUUGUUGUUAAAGCACAAUAAGUAUGCUUCCA